CCCCAGGGAGAGGUAUUGGCUACUCCAGGGAGUAGAGCACACAGGGUGAAGAUUUUUGCGAGGCCUUUAGUGACCCAGUUUAAAUUUGCUGGGAUUCUUCUGCUUUGGCUACUUUCUAUAGGUGCCCGAGUUCAUCUGCUUCAGGUUUUCACAAAUGACUCAUCUUCCUGUCAUAUUUUCAUAGUCUACAAUGACUUAAGAAUCUUGGGGUCACUGUUCACAGCUUCUCUUAUCACUUGUAUUAAAAGGUGAAAACAGUGGUAUUCAAAUUCAAGCCCGUUUUCAUUUCAUUCUGAUUGAUGCCUGUGGUACAUAGAAAACUUUGUUUCUUCCUGAUAUUGGCAUUUUAGUGAUCCAUUGUUUUCUGUGGGAGGAAGCUUAUGACCUCUUUUCUUUUUCUCUUCCAGAAGGAAUCUGGAAAAGUUGCGAGAAAAACAUCAUUUCUCUAAGAAAAUUUUGGGUAACAGAAGUUCUGGAUAACAGGGCAGACCAAUUCAGUCACCAUGAGUUGGAGCUUCCUGACUCGCCUGUUAGAGGAGAUCCACAACCACUCCACAUUUGUGGGGAAGAUCUGGCUCACUGUGUUGAUUGUCUUCCGGAUUGUCCUUACAGCUGUAGGAGGAGAGUCCAUCUACUACGAUGAGCAAAGCAAAUUUGUGUGUAACACAGAGCAGCCAGGCUGCGAGAAUGUCUGCUAUGAUGCCUUUGCACCCCUCUCCCAUGUGCGUUUCUGGGUAUUCCAGAUCAUCCUGGUGGCAACCCCCUCAGUAAUGUACUUGGGCUAUGCCAUUCAUAAGAUUGCCAAAAUGGAGCAUGGCGAAGCAGACAAGAAGGCAGCUCGGAGCAAACCCUAUGCAAUGCGUUGGAAACAACACAGGGCUCUGGAAGAAACGGAGGAGGACCACGAAGAGGAUCCCAUGAUGUAUCCAGAAAUGGAGUUGGAAAGUGAAAAAGAAAAUAAAGAGCAGAGCCAACCUAAACCCAAGCAUGAUGGCCGCCGAAGGAUUCGCGAGGACGGGCUCAUGAAAAUCUACGUGCUGCAGUUGCUGGCAAGGACGGUUUUUGAAGUGUGUUUUCUGAUAGGGCAAUAUUUCCUGUAUGGCUUCCAAGUCCACCCAUUUUAUGUGUGCAGUAGACUUCCUUGCCCUCAUAAGAUAGACUGCUUUAUUUCUAGACCCACCGAAAAGACUAUCUUUCUUCUGAUAAUGUAUGGUGUUACAGGCCUUUGCCUAUUGCUUAACAUUUGGGAGAUGCUUCAUUUAGGCUUUGGGACCAUUCGAGACACACUAAACAGUAAAAGGAGGGAACUUGAAGAUCCGGGUGCUUAUAAUUAUCCUUUCACUUGGAAUACACCAUCUGCUCCCCCCGGCUAUAACAUUGCUGUCAAACCAGAUCAAAUUCAGUACACCGAAUUUUCCAAUGCUAAGAUUGCCUACAAGCAAAACAAAGCCAACAUUGCACAGGAACAGCAGUAUGGCAGCCAUGAAGAGAACCUCCCAGCUGACUUGGAGACUCUGCAGCGGGAGAUCAGAAUGGCUCAGGAACGCUUGGAUCAAGCAAUCCAGGCCUACCAUCACCAAAACAAUCCCCAUGGUUCCCGGGAGAAAAAAGCCAAAGGGGGGUCCAAAGCUGGAUCCAACAAAAGCAGUGCUAGUAGCAAAUCGGGGGAUGGGAAGACCUCCGUCUGGAUUUAAUCUUGGCUGGGCUUAAAAACUGUGCUUUUCAUAGUUUAUGGUAAGCAACGGCUCACUGAAUAAUGACUUCCAUUGAGUAAACAUUUGGCUCUGGUUAUCUUCAGGGAUGCUGUUGGCUCAUGAUCCAAGCUCAGGGGACUCUGAAGGCAGGGCUGGAAUGAGGGAGAAGAAAGGGAAACACAGUGUUCCUGGGCACAUGUUCUCAGCAAUAAUACAGUUGCAGAACUUUACAUUUGUGUCUUCCAGAUCUGGAGAAGAACAGAUAUAUUUAAAUCAUUCUUGUUGAACAGUUUUUGUAUGUACAGUAUUAUGGUACAUUUUUUAGUAUGAGAACUUUUUUUGGUAUUUGUACAUUGAACUGCUGUAGUUAUACUUUUAUAUUAAAGGGGAAAAAUUCUUAUAAGUAA